AUGGCCUCCUUCCGAUCAGUCGCAGCGACCGGCCUACGUGCUGUGUAUUCGCGACCCGCCCUCUCCUCCAGACUCCCCGCCCUCUCCCGCGCCGCUUCAGAUGCGCCUGCAACAUCCUCCCCAUCGCAGCCGCCGGCAGCCAAGAUGGGCGAGAGCGGAAUGGUGAAGCAGGAGGGAGCAGCACAGGGCCAGCCCAGACAUGGCCCAGACUACAAUGCGGUCAUGGACUACCGCACAUCCAACUUCUCCCCAAUCCCCAUGCGCGUAAUGGACGGCAGCGAGCCCGGUGAGGAUACACCAGCCGCCGUACUGUCUGGUGCGCCAAUUGAGCUCCAAGCUCGCACAGUCCGCAUUUACAAACCCGCCAAAACUGCAACACAAUCCGGCGACUGGAACUCGCACCACUGGCGAAUGGAUUGGGACCCGCUCACCAAGGGUCAUCGUUGGGAAAACCCGCUGAUGGGAUGGCAGAGCAGUGCCGAUUUCAUGCAAGGCACACAUCUCAACUUCCAAACCAAAGAGGACGCUAUUCGCUUCGCCAACAAGCAAGGAUAUGAAUUCUUUGUGCAGGAGCCGAACGAGAGGAGAACCAUUCCAAAGGCUUAUGCGGACCAGUUUGUUCACAGUGCAAAGAAGUUGAAGCAGGUCAGGACGAAGUAA